AUGAAGAAUGUCACGCAAAAUCCUGCCUUUUUUCAACUAACACUUUUUUCAGAUUAUGGACGUCUUCGAUAUCUGUUUUUUUCAUUGUCUUUGGUGAUCUACAUGACGAUAAUCUCUGCUAACAUGGUCAUUAUAGCCACUAUUUUAAUCGAAAGAUCUUUGCACCAGCCAAUGUAUGUCUUUAUCUGUUGUUUAUCUGUGAACUCUCUGUACGGCUCUGCUGGAUUCUUCCCCAGGUUUUUGGUCGAUCUUUUGUCUGGUUCUCAUUUUAUCUCACGUACUUCCUGUUUUAUUCAAAUACAUGUCAUUUACACGUACGUUUCUUGUGAGUUUACAAUACUGGGAGUGAUGGCUUACGACAGGUUUGUGGCCAUCUGUCAGCCUCUGCAUUAUCACACUAAAAUGACCAUAAGGAAAGCGUUGUUUCUCUGGGGCGUCGCUGUUGCUUAUCCGGUAGUUACAGUGACUUACUCUUUGGUUCUCACUACUCUACUUCCUUUGUGUGGAAACCAAUUACAUAGGAUUUUCUGUGCGAAUAGAGCAGUUGUACACCUCUCCUGCGGGGACACCACACACAGCGUCAUUGUUGGUUAUUUAAUUUUCUUUACAACUAUUUUUGUCCCUCUGUUUUAUAUCUUGUCUUCAUACAUGCGAAUCCUCAUCGUGUGCAAAAGAGGCAGCGCUGAACUGAGAGGAAAAGCUCUGCAAACCUGUCUUCCACAUUUAGUGACUUUUGUGGUUUAUUCCUGCUCUGUUUUUAUUGAGAUGUCCAUUUCACAAUUUAACACUGGACAAAUUAACCCGAUAGUCACAGCUAUUAUAUCACUGGAGUAUCUAAUAGUGCCUUCAAUCAAUAAUCCGCUAAUUUACGGUCUUAAACUGCCAAAGAUCAGAGCAGCGAUUUCUCAACGUUUUAAAAUGAAAACUAAGAUCAUCUUGGCCACACAUCCAAGAUAA